AUGGCGGACGAGGGCGCCGUCACGGUGUGCGUGCGAGUGCGGCCGCUCAUCUCCAGAGAAAAUGCCUCAGAUAAAGUGUCCCUGCACUGGAGAAGUGAGAAUAAUACUGUUUCCGACGUGAGUGGUACCAAAACAUUUAGUUACGAUCGUGUCUUUCACUCAAGUGACAACACUCAGCAGUUGUAUGAUGGUGUAGCUGUUCCAAUUAUACAGUCAGCUGUGAGAGGCUAUAAUGGCACAAUUUUUGCUUAUGGACAGACUGCUUCAGGGAAGACUUACACAAUGAUGGGAAAUGAAGAUUCUGUGGGUAUUAUCCCUAAGGCAAUUCAACAUGUGUUCAAAAUUAUUUGUGAGAUUCCAGACAGAGAAUUUCUGCUAAGAGUGUCAUACAUGGAAAUCUACAAUGAAACAAUUACUGACUUGCUUUGCGAUAAUAGGAAAAAGAAGCCCCUGGGAAUUCGUGAGGAUGUUAAUAGGAAUACAUAUGUAGAAGAUCUGAUUGAAGAAGUGGUGGUUGCCCCAGAACAAGUUAUGGAAUGGAUCAGAAAAGGAGAAAGAAAUCGCCAUUAUGGAGAAACAAAAAUGAAUGAACACAGCAGCCGUUCUCACACUAUCUUCAGAAUGAUCAUUGAAAGCAGAGAACGAAGUGACCCUGCAAAUGCAAACUGUGAUGGAGCAGUCAUGGUUUCCCACUUGAACUUGGUAGAUCUGGCAGGCAGUGAAAGAGCUAGUCAAACAGGAUCUGAAGGUGUUCGACUGAAGGAAGGCUGCAAUAUAAAUCGGAGCUUGUUCAUUCUGGGUCAAGUUAUCAAAAAACUUUGUGAUGACCCCUCUGGCUUCAUAAAUUACAGAGACAGCAAGCUGACUCGAAUUCUGCAGAACUCCCUUGGAGGAAAUGCUAAAACAGUUAUUAUUUGUACAAUUACUCCUGUUUCUUUUGAUGAGACACUCAGCACUCUUCAGUUUGCCAAUACAGCCAAAGGAAUGAAGAAUACACCAAAAGUCAAUGAAGUUCUUGAUGAUGAUGCCCUCCUGAAAAGAUACCGCAAAGAAAUUCUGGACUUGAAAAAGCAGCUGGAGGAAGUGUCUUCAAAAACUCAGAUUCAUGCAAUGGAAAAGGACCAACUGGCCCAGCUGUUGGAAGAAAAAAAUUCUCUUCAAAAAGUACAGGAGGACAGAAUACGAAACUUAACUGAGAUGCUGGUGACUUCUGCUUCCUUUGCCUCAAACGAGAAAGUUAAAGCCAAGAGAAGAAGAAGAGUUACUUGGGCUCCUGGUAAAAUAAACCAGGCAAACGUGAGCUUUUUUGAAGACUUUGAAAAUGCAAUGCCAACUGAAACAAAGAAAAUGAAGUUGUCUCUGCCAGCAGUACCAGAUGUGGAGGAUUCUACCUUAGAGAAUUCUGGGUAUGACAGCCAUUGCCUGAUGGUUCCUGAUCAAAUUUCAGAAGAAGAUUGGAUUGCUGGUCCUAACAUGAAUUGGACCCAGAAAGACUUUGAAGAAUCUGUGCAACUCUGUGAAGCAUUAGCACUAGAAAAGGAUAUUGCUGUAAAUGAGGUCAACGUCCUGCAAGCUAACUUUGAUAAUCUAGUGCUGGAAAAUGAGCAGUUGAAGUCAGAAAUAAAUGAACUAAAAGAGAGACUGAAGGAAAAAGCAGAAAUAGAUGAAUUUGAAGCACUGGAAAAGCAAACACAAAAAGAUCAUGAGAUUCAACUAAUGCAUGAAAUUACCAACUUAAAGAAUCUAAUUUCAAAUGCUGAAGUGUACAAUGAGGAACUUGAGGCAGAAAUAAAUUCCAAACUGGAACAGCUGAAGGAGAAAGAGAACAAAAUAAAAAUAUUACAGAAUCGUGUGGAAGAACUACAAAAAGCAGAAGUGGAAAAAAAGGAGACAUCUUUUGCACUGGGAGAUUGUGAUAAACUAACUGAAAAAAUUCAGCAGCUGAAUAAAUCCCUCUUAGACAGUGAAACCAUAGCCUUGGAUGCCAAAAAAGAAUCUGCUUUUCUCAGAAGUGAAAAUUUGGAGUUGAAGGAGAAGAUGAAUGAACUCUUAAAUGACCAUAACCAAAUGCAAAAGGAUGUCCAGUUAUAUCAAAGCCAAAUAGAAGCAGGAAAAGCCAGUUACCGAAAAAUGCAAGCUGACUUGCAGAGAGAGCUGCAAUCUUUAUUUCAAGAAAACACAAGACUAACUUCACUGAUGGAGGGUAAAGUUCCAAAAGAUUUGCUUUCUCAUGUGGAGCUGGAAAAAAAGGCAGCUGACUUAAAAGGAGAACUAGAAAAUGCUUUGAAAGAGAAUGCACUUCUACAGAAACAAGUAAAUGAGCUAUCAGAAUUUCAAUCGCUACCAAAUACAGUUGAGAUACAAAAGAAAGAGAUUGUUGAAAAAUGUGAGGAGUUACGCUUAUUAAAAUUGGAAAAUGAAAAGCUGCUUUCUGAAGUAGCUGAUAAUGAAACGAGACUUAAACAUAUGUCUGAAGAAAUUGAAAAAUCAAAAGACAAUCUCACAGAUGUACAAUUGAAAUAUACAAAGUGUGACGAGGAAUAUGUAGCACUUAAACAGCUCCAUGGAGAAAUAGAACAAAAAUACAUUGCUGCAUCAGAAACUAAUGAACAAAUGAAGCUCCAAAUAGAAUGCCUAUCUAAAGAAGCACAAGAGUCUAAAACAAUUUUGGAUGAAGUGAAAUUGGAGCUCUCUAGCAAAAUGAAAGAACUGGAAGAGAAAGAAGCAGAGCAAAAACAACUUCUUGAGCUAAGAGAAAAUCUUGUUCGGACUCAGGAGAAGUUAAACGAACUGGAACAAUUAAAAGAGAAGGAAAGGAUUAGUGAAGUGAGACUGGAGGCCAAAGACUUGGAGAUCCAGGCAGUCUUGCAGCAGCUUACAGAAUGUCAGGAAGAAAUAAAAACUCUAACCCAGGAAAGAGAUGACCUGAAGCAAAAAGAGGAGUUUCUCCAAGCGGAAACAGAGCAACUCAGAGAGGAUAUAAAGGACACUGUUUCAAUGAACAUCUUGGCACAUGAAGAUUUGAGAAAUACACAGAAUUCUCUGAAGGAAUCCCAAAAAACUGUCAAGAAGUUGAAACAAACUGUUUCUGAAAAAGAAUCUCAGAUUCUGAGUGUGGAAGAGGCACUAGGGAAAACCAUUAAAGAACUCCAAAUACAGAUCUCAGAAAUGACAGAAGAAAUUAAAAUCAUCGCAUCAGAGAGAGAUCAGCUUGCUGAGGAAAAAUCAGAAAGUAAUACCUGUAGAGAAAGUGAUCAGCUUCAGGUGCAAAAGGAACAAAUCAUUUUCCUUACACAAGAGAACCGUUCCUUGCAGGAGAAGCUGGACAGUUUACUUUUGAAAACAGAGGAGUGUGGGGAAGGAACUUGGAUACCACAGAUCCAAGGACGAUCUAUGGAGCAAGAGUUAUUGCUUCUGAGAGAAGAGCUGAGCCAGGCACAACAGAAAUUGCAUGAAAUGGAGGAGGCAAAGGCCAGUGAAUAUCAAGGGGAACCUGAAAAAAUGGAGAGAACAGAUGUUAUUCCAAAACCACAUGACUCCCAGGAAGUCAGCAUCCAGACUGAAAGAGAUGAUGAUGAAUUUAAAAUGCAACUGGAAACUCUCCAGAAUGAGAGAGAUCAGCUAAGAGAAAUGGUACAGGAGACAAUUAGCAAGAACUCAGAGAUACAGGAGGAGUUGAGAUGUACUCGUGAAUGUCUUGCACAGCAGCAGGAGAAGAUUGUGGAGCUGAAAGGAAGUAUUUCAGAGAAAGAAAACCAGCUCUCCAAGGUGCAAGGGGCAUUGAAGGAGAAAACUGAUGAGCUGCAGCAGAAGCUCACUGAAGUCACUGAAAACCUGACUCGUGUCUCGGCUGAGUAUGGCGACCUCCUGGCAGAAAAGCAGCAAACUGAAAGGGCAAUGAGUGAGCAGCUUGAGAGAAUCACUUCACUUAACAAGGAGAAGGAUGAGCUUCAGCACCUGGUAGAGACUUGUAAGGAAAGGGAAGAACACUUGUUACAGGUUCAGAGGCAGUCAGAGGCUUUGAAGGACAGCCUGACAAACAAGAUCUCAGAAAUGACAGAAGAAAUAAAAAUCAUCACAUCAGAGAGAGAUCAGCUUCAAGGGCAAAAGGAACAAAUCAUUUUCCUUACACAAGAGAACUGUUCAUUGCAGGAGAAGCUGGACAGUUUACUUUUAAAAACAGAGGAGUUUGGGGAAGGAACCUGGAUACCACAGAUCCAAGGACAAUCUAUGGAGCAAGAGUUAUUGCUUCUGAGAGAAGAGCUGAGCCAGGCACAACAGAAAUUGCAUGAAAUGGAGGAGGCAAAGGCCAGUGAAUAUCAAGGGGAACCUGAAAAAAUGGAGAGAACAGAUGUUAUUCCAAAACCACAUGACUCCCAGGAAGUCAGCAUCCAGACUGAAAGAGAUGAUGAUGAAUUUAAAAUGCAACUGGAAACUCUCCAGAAUGAGAGAGAUCAGCUAAGAGAAAUGGUACAGGAGACAAUUAGCAAGAACUCAGAGAUACAGGAGGAGUUGAGAUGUACUCGUGAAUGUCUUGCACAGCAGCAGGAGAAGAUUGUGGAGCUGAAAGGAAGUAUUUCAGAGAAAGAAAACCAGCUCUCCAAGGUGCAAGGGGCACUGAAGGAAAAAACUGAUGAGCUGCAGCAGAAGCUCACUGAAGUCACUGAAAACCUGACUCGUGUCUCGGCUGAGUAUGGCGACCUCCUGGCAGAAAAGCAGCAAACUGAAAGGGCAAUGAGUGAGCAGCUUGAGAGAAUCACUUCACUUAACAAGGAGAAGGAUGAGCUUCAGCACCUGGUAGAGACUUGUAAGGAAAGGGAAGAACACUUGUUACAGGUUCAGAGGCAGUCAGAGGCUUUGAAGGACAGCCUGACAAACAAGAUUCAACAGUUAACUGAGACAUUAAAUAGUGUCUCAUGUGAGAAGGACCAGUUAUUAGCUGAAAGAACUAAUCAUUCUUUACAACUUAAAGAACAAAUCUCAUCAGUUAAUCAAGAAAAAGAUGAGCUACAAAAACUUCUUCAGGAUGUCAGGUCUGAGCGGGACCAGCUCAAGACAGAAUUGCAAAGAAAUUCUGAGAUGUGUGUUGAAACAAAGGCAAAACUGGAAGAUGCUUUAGAACAAAUGAAGCAGAGAAACCUGAACAAUAUGUCCAUUCAGGUAAACCCAAUGGAUAUUGCAGAGCAGGUGGCCAAUGACAGCUUGACAGACAAAACAUUGAAAAUUAAGGAGCUUCUUGAGAAAUUCCCAAGUAUGGGGAAGAGAUAUGAAUGUCUCUCUACAGUGUCUCUUAAGCUGAAGAGUGAACUGAACAGUCAGAAAGCACUGCUAGCUGUGAUACUGCCUCAGCUUCCCCUGGAGCAGAGUAAACAAGUCAAAAUGCUUCAAACUAAAAAUGAGGAUAUUAACACUCGACUCCAGAAAUUAUUGUCCAAAUUGAAGCUUCUCUUCAGCUCUGUUUGCACAAAGAGAAGAGAAUAUCACACUACUGUUCACAAGUAUGAAAUGGAAUUGCUGGAGGAAAAGAGAAAACAAGAUCACCUACAGUCCCAGAUUCAGUGUCUCAGGAAGAUUAAUUUGAAGCAGAAUGAAGUAUCAUCUCAAGAGUUAAACAGCUGUGAAGGACUGCAGAGUUUCUACUUGGAUGCAGAGAGCAUUCUCAAAGAUAUAUCAGAAAUGGAAAAUGAACUUCUCUGCAUAGAAGCAGAGUUAGACCAGGAAGCAAGUGCUAGAAAAGAAACAAUACAGUUCUGGGAAGUUUGUUCAAAAAUUCACUGGGAUACAGAGGAAUUGAAAGAAGAACUAAAGAAAGAUAAUGAAAGACUCCUGCAAAUCUUUAAAUUCUGGACUCCUAAAGUGAAGAUGCUCCUUGAACUUUCUUCAGAACUGGAUGCCAGAACUGCUGAUUAUAGUAAAAAUGCUGAUGUUGAAUUAAAACAGAGAAAAGAGAAAAAUGAAGAGUUGCUUCAGGAUCUAAACACUCUAAAAGAAAAACUGGCCCCUGGUGGCUCUGCCAGUCUGGCAUUAGAAGAAGAAAAUUAUAGGCUUCAUAAUAAAUUAAAGGCUGCAGAACAAGAUAAAAAGGCUAUGGAAGUCAAAAUUCACAAGUUAGAAACUGUAAUAAAUGAAGUGGGAGAAAGUAUCAAAGAGAGAGAUGACAGGAUAAGCAAGUUACAAGCACAGAUGAGAAUAAGAACAGAGACAAGUGAGCUCACCCAACUGCAAGCCAAACUGAAUGAGAUGGAUAAUUGCCUCAGGACUGCCUUAACAGAGAAACAGAGUCUUCAGGCAAAAUUAGAUGAAGGUGCUGAGCUGUACAAAGAAGAAAUUGACCAUCUCAAAACACAAUUGGUGAAAUGUGAUCUGGAAAGAAUGAAACAAUCUAACUCCUUUGAAAGGAAACUUGCUAAUUAUGAAGCCCUUGCAGAACACCAAGAACAGCAGUUAACAAAGCUAAAAGAAGAACUGAGGAGAGCAUACCAAGAGCAAGAUGUUACUGUGCUGAAAGAAGCAGAUCCUCAGCAACCCCAAAAACCCCUUACUUGUGGUGGUGGCAGUGGUAUUGUGCAGAGCACACAAAUACUUGUUCUAAAAUCUGAACAAGCCAAGCUACAGAAAGAGAACUUGCAGCUGAAGAAACAAAAUGACCUUCUAUUGAGCAAUGAACUUCAACUGAAAGAAGAACUCAGGAAAUGGAAAGAAAGAGCACUAAAAUUGAGAGAACAAUCCUCAAGAGAAACUACUCGAGAGACAAUACCAAAGUCUCCUAAGAAGGCAGUGUCAUACUUCUUCAAAGAGCAAACACUUUCACCCUGUAAGGAAACUGUUUCUCAGGAAACAGUGACUCAGGACCUACCAAAACCUCUAAAUCCGACUCGUCCAACAAAUUUCUUUGAUAAUUCCAACUUGGGUGUGCUAACAGAUACACGACCUGAGGGCAGAGAGUCCACACAAGAACAUCUUAGGCACUUCUUUGGGACUCCAGACAGAGAUAAAGCCCCUGACUGCAAAACCCAGUAA